GAGAAACGCAAUUUGAUAGUUGGCGCUCUUUGGGUAAAAAAACCACAGGAGCUGGGGUUCAAGUUAACAUUUCAGGAAUUCUGUAACACAUGAAGUCGUGUUUAGCCUGGGUUGCUGAGGAAGGCAAAUGUUACUAGAGGACGACUGAAUCAUCUCAGUGCUCUGCCAGAACAAGGGCAUGCGAAGUCUCCUGCUGAUAUGCUGGUCUAUAAGGAAUGAAGAGACUGAGGUUUUCUGUAGUGAUGAUAACUAUUCUUGAACCUGAAAUGUGACAGAGACCUAAAAAAGGAGAGAUUUCUUCCAUUGUUGGAAGAUGUUACCUUCUUGUACCAUGAAGGUUUUAAACAGUUCUUCGUAUAGGAAGCUUCUGAGUUUCUUUUCUUACUGUGGACAUUUUGGAAUGAUUUUUACCAGGAGUUCUGCCCUAAAUCCCUGCCACAGACUGUUAAGACAAUAUUCCUGUCAUAAAGCACGUCUGGUGACAGCUGCUGAUCUGGCCAGCUACUGGCAAGAUGUUUUUGAGACCAAUGGGAUCACUGAAGCACGAGCUUCUUCAGAAUAUAUUGUUUCUCAUGUCCUGGGAGCAAAAACAUUCCAGAGCUUAAGUGCUGGCAGCCUUUCUGCUCCUCUCUCCAUCAGACAGCAGGAACAGGUUGAGCAUCUUUGUGUAAAACGCCUAGAAAGGAUGCCAGUGCAGUAUGUUCUUGGGGAGUGGGAUUUCCAUGAUUUGACACUCAAGAUGAAACCUCCAGUCUUCAUUCCUCGACCAGAGACUGAGGAAUUGGUCUCCCUUGUUGUGGAUGAAGAAUGCAGGAAGAGAUUGCUCUCUGCAAUCUGCAAAGAGCCCAGGCUGUCCCCAGAAACCAGUGGCCUUGUGAUCCUGGAGAUUGGCUGUGGCUCAGGGGCAAUUGCUCUCAGUCUUCUGAAAAAACUACCUCAUAGCAAGGUCAUUGCUGUUGAUAAAUCAGAAGCUGCUGUGAAUCUCACCAAGGAAAAUGCAGAGAGGUUUCCCACUGCAAAGGGCUCUGGAGGCUGCCCAUGAGACCAGCACAUAUAUAUUUGCUUUAAUAAGUAACCAGCUUAUCUUACCUAGCAUUUGAUUUAUCAUAUGGCUGAAUCCAAAUACAGAAUACAGUGAGUUAAUUAAAACAAUGCUUUAAAAAAAUCUUCUGUUUUAGGGAAGAAUUAGGGCACUUAAACUUUCACUUAUGUGCCAGAAAGCCUAGGAAUUGCAAAUUAAGGCACCUAGGUUUAAACAUGCAAACUCUUUAAUCAGUAAACACAUUUAACUGUUUGUCAAAGUAUGGUCAAUUGCCACAUAGCUUUGAAAUACACAUACCCCUUGAGUCUCCCUUAUCCGAAAUGCUUGAGUCCAGAAGUGUUUUGGAAAAUUUACAUAUACAUAAUAAGGAGACAACUUGGAGAUGUGGCCCAAGUCUAGACAUGAAAUCAUUUAUGUUUCAUAUACACUUUAUAAAACAUAGCCUUGAAAGUAAUUUUAUACAUAAUAUUUUUAAUAAUUUUGUGCAUGAAACAAAGAAAGUGAACUACCAGAAAGCAAAGGUGUCACUACUUCAGCCACCCAUGUGGACAAAUUUGGAUUUUGAAGUAUUUUGGAUUUCCAGAGAAAGGAGUCUUGACCUGUACUGCUUUUCUUUUACCUUUUAGGCCUGAUUCUUUUUCUCUACAAGUACUAGUGGCUGUAUCCUAAGAUUGUGCUUUAUGAAUGCAAUCAAAAAGAGGAGAAAACUUUUUCUCAAAAAAUGAAGCCUUUGGGAGAUUUUUUCAGAAAAUAUUUUAUGCAGUUUCUUAAUUGAGCUCAGUCCUUGAAAUUUUAAUAAUUAAUGCAGCUCAACAUUAGAUGUAUGUAUGUAGUACUCAGGUUACCUUUAUGCUUAUGGUGACCCCAUGAAUUUCUUAGGCAAGGAAUAGUCAGAGGUAGUUUUGCCAGUUCCUUCCUCUGAAAAAUAGCCUAUAGCACCUGGUAUUUUUGGUGGUCUCCCAACCAGGAUUCACCUUGCUUAGCUUCCAAGAUCAGAUCUGGUGUCUUUGGGGUAUAUGCUAUAUGGCAAUUAUCAGGCAGUAUAUUCAAGGGUAGCCAUGUUGGCCAUGAAUCAACAUACAACAAAAUCCAGAAGGUACAAGCAGUGAUACCUUUAUUGGGCCAACUCCAAAACAUUAAAUACAUUGUGCAAGUUUUUGAAACUUCGCUAGCUUAUUCAUCAGGCAAAAAUGUUAAAAAUCAUACAGGAGAGAAAGAGUGAAGAUGUUAGAGUCACAGGCCUACAUUCUGUCUCUAAUCGUCCACUGUUGUCAGUUAAGAGAGUACAGAUACUUAGGUAUUUCAGUGCAGGCAGAAGCCACUCUCCUUCCUGGCCAAGUGAGGAUUAGAGACAAAAGUUGUUAAAAGACAGGUAAUAACAUUUCAACUCCAUUAGCAACAAAAAUGUAACUUCCCAACUGUCCCUGCCCUGUGUGAGUCUAACUGCUCCUUUCUUAGGCAAGAAAUCACUGAAUUUCUCAGUCUCUGUACUGUUACAUCUGGAAAAAAACUUUUAGGUGCUGUAUAGGUAAAACAUGUCAGUUGUAGGCCAGUGAAAGAGUUUUAUCUUUGUUGGAGGUAGAAAACCUUAAACAGUUAAGUCCCAAUCAUUUGGCUCCCUUUAGCUUUAAGGUUCCCCUCUUGCAGCUAAAUUGGGUAUCUUCAAAUCCAGGAAACAUACGCAGGGGUAGCCAUGUUGGCCAUGCAGCAAAAUACAACAAAAUCCAGAAUCCACAAGCAGUAUAUCUUUAUUGGGACAACUUCAAAGUAUAGAAUACCACCACAGGGAAUAGUCGCUGCUAAACCUUAGAGGAUGCAUGUGGUGGGGGGGGGACUCCUUGCUGAAGGGUACAGAAGCAGUGGUUUGUGGGCCUGACAAGAUAUCUCUGGAGGAGUGUUGUCUCCCUGGGGCAAAGAUCUGUGAUGUGACAGAGAGGCUGACAAAACUUUUCAAGCCUACUGACCAUUACCCCUUCCUUUUGGUCCACUUGGGAACCAAUGAUACUGCAAGGCACAGCCUUCAGAAUAUCAGAAGGGAUUAUGAGGCUCUGGGUAAGAAGCUGAAAUAGCUGGGUGCACGGGCUGUCAUCUCAUCUCUUCUCCCAGUUGAUAUAAACAACUGGCUCUGCAGAUGGUGCCACCAAGAACAAUUUGGAUUCUGGGAUCAUAGUCUGCGGUUCCAUGAGGAGGGACUUCUUGCAACUGAUGGGUUGCAUCUCUAGUUGGCAGAAACAAUUUUGCCAAUAGUCUCAAAGAUUUUGAUCAGGAAGGCUUUAAACUGAGUUAUGUGGGGGAGGGAGACAGUAUUCUGGAAGGCAAAAAGGCUGGAGAAGAUAGUCAAACUGUCAGAGAGAACAAGGCAAACAGUGCAAGGCCCAACAGUGGGAGGCGGAAAAAAAAACUUGCACAGGCAGCAAGUAAGGAGGACCCAUAGUCUUAGAUGUCUUUACACUGAUGCACAGAGCAUGGGAAAUAAGCAAGAUGAACUUGAACUCCUAGCACAACAAAGCAAAUAUAUAAUAGGCAUCACUGAAACCUGGUGGGAUGAGUCUCAUGAUUGGAAUGUAGGAAUAGAAGGGUAUAACCUUUUUAAGGGAAAUAGGCCAAACAGGAAAGGAGGAGGGAUAGCAUUAUCGAGAUGUAGACACCAGAGAUCCAGGGCAUCAAUCCUGGAAGCCAGAUGGAGAGCAUCUGGAUAAAAAUUAAAGGAGAGGGAAACAACAGGGAUGUUACUGUGGGAGUCUGCUACAGACCCCCCAGUCAGAUGAUGCCUUUCUAGA